CCUUUAUUCGGUAUCGUUCGCGCGAUCCAGCUCCCCAGGCCGACCAUCAUCUCUGCGACCUGCUCCCUGGUGCCAUGGGCUCCCGUUGACCUGCGACCCUCUAACCAGGUGUAUCCGGGAUCGAUGAACCAAGCCGUGGCGGCAUUGUCUUUGGUCCCGUCGAUAGAUUUCCGCGGAAGGGAGCCAUGAAUCCGUCCGAGUCGCAGCAAAAUCUCCUCGCGAAUGAGGCGAGAGCGCCUUCGGAGCAAUCGUUAACGCCGCCCCAGGACUAUAGUCUUGGCCCAGUUGAGAAGCACUUCCUGCUCAGCGCGGAACGAGGUGAUUGUGCCACUGUCAAAAGGUUAUUGGAAGAGAACAAGGACCAUCCGGAAAUCUUGAACAUCGAUUGCGUGGACCCGCUGAACAGAUCGGCGCUGAUCGCUGCGAUCGAGAAUGAGAACAUUGAACUUAUCAAGCUGCUUCUAGAACUGGGAAUUCAAGUAAAGGAUGCACUCUUACACGCCAUAAAGGAGGAGUACGUGGAAGCUGUGGAAAUCCUGCUGGAAUGGGAGGAGAGGACACAUACACCGGGACAGCCUUACAGUUGGGAGGCUGUCGACAGAUCAUCGUCCAACUUCACACCCGACAUAACACCGCUGAUUUUGGCCGCACAUAAGAACAACUACGAAAUUUUGAAAAUAUUACUCGACCGUGGCGCGACCCUUCCCACACCUCAUGACGCCAGAUGCGGCUGCGACGAAUGCGUGACAUCCAGCGAACAGGACUCCCUGAGACACUCUCAGGCCCGAAUAAACGCGUAUCGCGCGCUAACGUCGCCAUCUUUGAUCGCCCUGUCCUCGAGGGAUCCUCUUUUAACUGCGUUCGAGCUUUCCUGGGAGUUACGACGACUCAGUAAAAUGGAGCAGGAAUUUCGUUUCGAGUACAACGAGAUGAAGGAGCAGACGCAGAAUUUCGCUACAGCGUUGCUGGAUCACGCACGCACGUCCCUGGAACUAGAGAUAAUGCUGAAUUAUAAUCCGCACGGCGACAACUGGGAACCUGGAGAACGGCAGACGCUGGACCGUCUUAAACUUGCGAUCAAGUAUAAGCAGAAACAAUUCGUGGCACAUCCAAACGUGCAACAAUUGCUGGCCGCAAUCUGGUACGACGGUUUGCCUGGUUUCCGGAGGAAAAGCAUGAUCGGGCAGUUCAUCGAGAUCGGUAAACUAGGCGCCAUGUUUCCGGUGUACAGUACGAUCUACAUGAUAUCACCGACCUCUCCGAUGGGCCAGUUCAUGAAGAAACCUUUCGUCAAGUUUAUCUGUCACUCCUCUUCAUACGCUUUCUUCUUGAUGCUGCUCGGCAUGGCAUCGCAACGCAUCGAGUACCUGAUAAUCGAAUUGUUCGGGAACGCGUGGAUGCACGAGAUUCUCGCCGGCUGGAAGAGACGGGAACGUGGUUGCAUCCCCGGUUUCGUCGAGAGCGGUGUCAUCAUCUACGUAAUCAGUUUAGUCAUGGGAGAAAUGCGAUCAUUAUGGUCGGACGGGCUGAUAGAGUAUAUAUCGGACCUUUGGAACAUUGUCGACUUCAUUCAAAAUGUGUUUUACGUUAUAUGGAUCAUGUUGAGGGUCACUGCUUGGAUCAUAGUGCAAAGAGAGUACUGGAGUGGUUCAGAUCCUUGGUACCCAAGAGAUCAAUGGCACGCCUUCGAUCCCAUGCUGCUCUCAGAAGGAGCUUUCGCUGCCGGAAUGAUCUUCAGCUUUUUGAAGCUGGUCCAUAUAUUCAGCGUGAACCCCCACCUUGGGCCACUCCAAAUUUCCCUGGGGAGAAUGAUAAUAGACAUUAUCAAGUUCUUCUUCAUCUACACGCUGGUGCUGUUCGCCUUCGGCUGCGGAAUGAAUCAAUUGAUGUGGUAUUAUGCUGACUUGGAGAAGAUGAAGUGCUACCAUAUGAAGGACUUCCCCGACCUGCCCGACUUCGACAAUCAGGAGAAAGCGUGUUCGAUUUGGAGACGUUUCGCUAAUUUAUUCGAGACGUCGCAGUCACUGUUCUGGGCCAGUUUCGGGAUGGUGGACCUGAUGUCGUUCGAUCUGACGGGAAUCAAGAGCUUCACGAGAUUUUGGGCGCUUCUGAUGUUCGGCUCUUACUCGGUGAUCAACGUUAUCGUCUUGCUGAACAUGCUGAUCGCUAUGAUGUCGAACUCUUAUCAGAUCAUCUCGGAACGAGCUGAUACGGAAUGGAAGUUCGCCAGGAGCCACCUGUGGAUGAGCUACUUCGAAGAUGGCGAUACAGUGCCGCCUCCUUUCAACAUGGUACCCACCGGGAAGUCGUUCAAUAAAGUCCUUAAUUGCGGUAAAGGGGCUCGACAGACGAGAUCAUUGAUCAAAAAGUCGAGGGAGAAAGCGUUGGCGAGACACGAAACGGUGAUGAGGCUGUUGAUCCGUCGCUACGUGACCGCGGAACAAAGGAAACGGGACGAGUUCGGUAUCACGGAGGACGACGUCAUGGAGAUCCGGCAGGACAUCUCCACCCUUAGGUACGAGCUGAUCGACAUCCUCCGGCAGAACGGGAUGAGGACGCCGCACGUUGACAAGCAAGACGCGGCACUGUCCGGCAAAAAGGGUCGAGUGAUGGAACGUCGCCUCCAGAAGGACUUCCAGAUCGGCAUAGUGGAGGGUAUCGUGAAUGCAGUGAUCCAAAGCGAGAAGGAGCCGAAGGACGUGUUCAGUCAAAUCGCAAAGGCGAUCGGCCGGAAGAGCAGCGGCAGCAAGAAGAAGGAUUGGAACGCGGUGGUCCGCAAGAACACGAUCGCCAGGGAUCCCAUUGGCAGCACGACGGAAGCUACGAUGAAGCAAACGCGACGAAGCAUCCGUCGGAACAUCGCGAUGAGCCAGAACUCUGACCUCGCCUCGCUGGAUCCGAACCGUUUGAUCGACUACAACCCGAAUCUGUCGGAGGUCACGCCCACCACCAGGAUCGCGUACGCCAAGUUCAUGAUGAGCAAGAUUAAGAUUCCCGAGGAGGCAACAGAAGAGGCGCAAAAGGAAGGUGGCGGCGAAGGUUCGGGCAGCGCUCCUAGGGUGAGCAUUCGGGUUGGAGGAGCGGACCCGCCUCGUUUGAUGGGCCCAGCGUUGAGGAAAAGCGUGCUGAAGUCUCUGAGCGUGAGCAGCAUAGACAAAGACAAGGCAGCGGACAAGACUCCGUCGCCAACGGAUAGUAAAUCGGAUUUUAGAGCUCCGUCGCCGAUCCCUGAGGACCCAAGGGAAGACGACGCGACGAAAUCGCCGCAGGGUAAAGCUACGGCCGCGAAGAAGCCGCCGGACACUAGCCAGAAAAAAGAUGGCGACGACAAGAAGAAAGAUGGCGGCGACAAGAAGCAAGAGGACGACGAGGAGAAGAAGAAGAAGGAAGAGGAGGAGAAGAAGAAGAAAGAGGAAGAAGAGAAGAAGAAGAAAGAAGAAGAGAAAAAGAAGAAAGAACCGAAAUCGCAAGAAGAAAAUGUACCGGUCGCCACCACGAAACUCAGAGGAAAAUCGAAAGCCACCGGCCAGAUAAUGGGCGGGUGGAUCUGAAUCUGCGUCUCUAUCGUUAUCUAGAUUGGCCGAUUGGUUUCUUGAGAAUCUGAGAUUGACGUCAAUGUCGGGGAUUCAUAAGAAAUUUAGAAAAGUGGAUACAAGAACGGAAAAUUAGUUUCUAAUAUAUCGAUCGAUUAAUGUAUCAGUUAAUAUUGAAUCUAUUUCUUUAUUAUUCAAAUGAAAUUCGAUGCUUCUAAUGUCAACAUUGAGUAAAUAUUGGGCGUUGUUUAUUUUCGUCGACAUCUAUUUCUCGGAACAUGGAGUGAUAACGUUAAUUCGAAAUCGAUUACGGUCAUUCCGAUCUCAGAUUAGACGCGCACGUCUCGCAAUGUUGAUCCCAGAUCUAGAUUAAACCGCGAUUCUUUAGCAGUUCAUCCGCGCUAUUAUCAACCGGAGAUAAGAGACUUUUAAAUAUGUUUCAUGAAACAACGAUUCCGACGAAUUACGUUUGCAAUGUCAUUAAACUUUGUACUGUAUAAUCUUUUUUAAAAUACUUUUCCUUGCGUGGAUGUCCGCAGACUACGUGGCAAAAGUUGCAACUGAACGGAGUUCUGCGAUUCGCUUGCAAUUGCUCCGGUUGACGGUACAAAGCGUUGCGAAACGACAGAAGGAAAUUCGAGAUGAAAUAAGUACAAGUCAAAGAAGCCGAUAGAACAAAUAUUUCAUGGUAAUUAUCGAUGAAAAGCGAUGAUUACGUCGUUGCACUUUUAACUCUCAGAUGUUUUUGAUGAUUUUAUAAACGAUCUUGCCUGAAAUUAUUAACGCUAGAUUUACGGACCACGUCAAUUUAAAUUAUUACAUUGAAUUUUGUAAACAUUAUUUGGUACACGUUUAUGUUGAUUUUGAGCGAAAUUUUUCUACGAACAAUCGAAUAAGCUGUUCAAUAAAUGUCCGUGAACCUGGCGUUAAAGUUCUACGAGACAUGUUAAUCUCAUUACUAGACCUAAUGUGAUCCACUAGCAAACGCAAUUAGGGUAAGUUGGAGUGAGAUGACCGACUUUAAACAAAAACUGUUACGUCAUAAAUAUGAUUAAUACAAAGGAAAUAUAUUUGUGACAGUAAAUAUAUAUAAGAAAAAUAGUUCAAUGGACCUCUCGGAAAGAUAGUAAGAUACUAAGAUAAUAAAAUAUUAAGAUACUAAAAUACUAAGAUACUAAGAUACUAUUCACAAUUGAAAAUACAGAUAUUUCAUCAUCUAAAUGAGAUUAGGCCAUUUCACUCGAAAUUAUCCUAGCAAUAGAAAAAGUAAGAAAUUAAAAGAAGUUUUUGAAAAUCUAGGUCAAAGUAGACCGAGUCACCGCUGACGAAGGGUUAAAGGUCCAAGACUCCAGAUCACCCAUAUCGAUCCACGUCGAUCAUUACAAAUCGUGCGUACACUUAGCACGCUGCCAACGCAUCGCGAACUACCAUUCUCCCAUUCACGACCGCCAUACUCGAAUAGAAAUUACUUUAAACUUUAAGGUCGAUCACCUGCUUUUUUUUAACAAAAUAUAUUACAUGCUACAGUGUAUUCUUAUUCUACUCUUAUUUCAUAUAUUGUAACUAGAUGUGUAUCUAAACAUAGCGGUACAAAAAGGAGGAAAAACGCGAACAAAAAUCAAAUAAAUUAAUACAACUUAACGUUACGAUGUUCGAUUGCUUCGUCAUGUCACGAUGCACAGUUUCCGCAUAAUAUUGAUAGAAACCUCCUGCGGCAAAGAGAAACAAGUUUUUUUUCCGUUAGACUCGUUGUAGACAUUAUUGUGUUUUCUUUUUACUUAAGGAAUUUAUUGUUUCGAAAGAGAUAUAUUGGAUUUUUCAUCUUCCUUGCGAUGCUUAGAAUAUUUCUGUUGUACGAUUUCGUGUAUCAUAUAAGCAAAUUAGGGUUCAAUCGUUUAAUUUCUAUUGUUAGCGAAGCAACAAUCUCGAAACAAUAGAUUUCUGUGAUAAAAGUAUUUUUGAAAGAUACCUUCACGUGUAAUAUCUUAUUUUUAUGACGUACCUUCUGGUCUUCGCGUUUGCGUUACCAUUUUUCUUCCUGUUUCCCCUUUUGUCUUCCUGCGAAGAAAAGUAUAUUUGUUUAUUACACUUUCUGAUUUAGUUACUAAAUAGUUAUUAUAUUUUUGGUUAAAUGCCGGUUGGAAGAUACAUGUACUAUGGUUAGCAACAAUUAACAAUUUAAAACCAUGAUUUUCAAGUAUGCAAUAUUUAGUUCAAAUUUGAUAGUAUCUUUGUACCAAUACGAUUGAUUAAAUGA